GAGUUUUAUUUCUUGAAUUUUUAACCAGCCUCGGGACUUUACAAGGUAAAAUCAAUAUCUUCAUUGGAGAGAUAGUAAUAAAAAGGUAAAGUAAAAAUUUUAUAGGCGAGAAAUAAGAAAAUCAUGCAGUUAGCAACCGCCCCCUUUAUUUUGCGUUCACUUUAUAAGGAUGAAUACAUCACAGAAAACCAUUUGACUCGACCAUCUACCGAGCUCAUCACUAGUAUUUUCGGGACGCACUUUGCAAAUCGUCAUGAUGCGCACAUUAAUGCCGCCUCAAGAGGCCUCUACACGUUCUUUUCAAUGUUAAAGGGCCAGACACUUGGCGAAGAGUUCUGCGACCUGCUCCCUGUCACGCGGGCACGCAACGCGUGGUGUGUGGUUGGAACCGCACGAAAGACACUUUUGGCACUUUUCCUUGCGUUGGAGCCAAGCGUGCUGCUGUGUGCUGCACGUUCCUUCUUUCCUCAUCUAGCUCCAGAUGAGGUCAUCGAGAAUGUCUGCCGCGUUGUUCAAGCUUUGUUAUUUCUCUUUGAGGCUUACGGCACACUACCACACCGCCUCGUGCGCGUUCGAUUCUUGAGUCUGAAACCAUCUCGUUCGUUGCAGGAAAGCGAUGGCGCUCCGGGUUCAUAUCUUGUCUUAGGUCUCGUACUGAUUGUGGAGCUGGUGGUGCGGUUGUGGAAGUACAACAAGGCUCGUGCGACAGCACUCCGAACGAGCCGCUAUACUAAAAUUGAAUGUGAAUUUUUGCAUGCAUCGAGUGAGGAUGACGAAAACGAUCCAUCGACCGCAACUGGGAAGUGUAUGUUGUGCCUUAGCCGACGCCGGAGCCCAACAUCUACGCAAUGUGGGCAUAUUUUUUGCUGGAACUGUAUUGCGGAAUGGAUACAGUCAAACCCCCGCGAAGCCAUAUGUCCCUUUUGUCGUCAGCACAUAUCAGCCAACACGCUCGUCCCACUUUUCUUUUACGUUGCAAAAGAGGCUCCUAAAGUCGGAAGCGCUAAUUCGUGA